UCCUUUUCCACAUAUUCGACGAAUAUAUUCCUUAGUUACUUAGGAAUUAGGAUAGGACUUUGAACUAUGCAUAAAAAUGGGCUUGGGAUGGCAUUGCUGAUGGAAGAGCUGAGAUACUGCAAGACUUGCAUACUACACUAUGCCAAUAUUGGGGAAAGAGCCCCUGAAUUAGGAGUGGUAAUCUUGAGCUCCAGUGGGCUUCUAGAUAGUACAACUCAAGUCUGAUCGCUCUGGCUUCCUAUGGAAAUACACAAAAAAAUUUAGUCAUCUUUUAGUUUAGAUGUUUUAGUUUAAAUGUAGGUGUUUAGAUCUUAUUCUUUCUGAGGGACAAACACUAAGUAUAUUUGUUUGGAUUAAAUCUGAACACAUCUAUAUGAGUUAAAAAAGGGAGCCCUAUAAGUAUAAGCUUGGAACUGUAGUGAUUAUUGACAAUUGCAAGUAUGACAACAGUGGGUGCCUUUUAUUCUGUUUUAGGUAAUGUGAAACGUGACUGGUUCUCAGACUCCAUACAGACUUCAUGUAUUUCAAAGAGAUACUAAAUAGAACUUUAGGGGAAGUGAAAGAGAAGUUCCUGAAAUUAUCAUAAGAUUUGAUAUAAGUUUUUCAAGAUGUCAUAUAUGCUUCCACAUUUACACAAUGGUUGGCAAGUAGACCAGGCCAUUCUUUCAGAAGAGGACCGUGUGGUAGUUAUUCGGUUUGGACAUGACUGGGAUCCAACAUGUAUGAAAAUGGAUGAAGUUUUAUAUAGUAUUGCUGAAAAGGUGAAAAAUUUUGCUGUAAUUUAUCUAGUAGAUAUCACAGAAGUACCAGACUUCAAUAAGAUGUAUGAACUGUAUGAUCCCUGUACUGUUAUGUUCUUCUUCAGAAACAAACACAUAAUGAUUGAUUUAGGCACAGGUAACAACAACAAAAUUAACUGGGCAAUGGAAGACAAGCAAGAGAUGAUUGACAUCAUAGAAACAGUUUAUCGAGGUGCUCGUAAAGGUAGAGGUCUUGUUGUAUCACCCAAAGACUACUCAACCAAAUACAGAUAUUGACAUUUUGGCUAUUUAUUUCAAAGUCACCUUUCUUGGAAACUUCCUAAACCCAGGCCUAGCAUAUGAGAAUUCUUCCAUGGUUACAUCUCAUUGUGAAUAUAUUGAACUGAGUAAAUAUGUUACCUGAUUUUCAUGGGAAAAUGCCAUUGAUUUGGGAAAUAAAAGUUAUAU